AAUUCAGGUGAUGGACAGAUGACACAGAGACAGCGAUAUUAACACUCAGGACCAGACUGAGGGCCGUGGGAGAACGGUGCGAGGCAAGUGGUGUGAUUACCGAUGAGCGACACCUGUGAGACGCACCGAGAGAACACGCAUGAGAGACCUGAUGUACAAGAUUGAGCUUCUGUUUCAUGAGAAUCAACAGUGUUACACUGGAGAGAUGUACAACAAAGCACUCAGUCAGAGAGAAAAGCUGAAAAACAAUGAAUGUAAAAUGGAAGAUAAACAUACAAUCAAAGAAAAAAAGGAACAUACCACAUGGACAGGGGCAAAUGAGAAGGGAAAUACAGAAGAGCCAAAAGCUGACCUAAAAACAGAUCAAUAUAACCAAAAAGAAGAGCUUACAAACUCAAAUACACUCUUUCAGAGACUUAAUCUUCACAGUCAACCCCAUAAACUGGGACCUGCUGACAUUCUUCAGAUAACGGAACCCUUACAGUCCACUGAGUCUUGUGGUGAAAAGGAGCUGAUUCAGACUUUCCUACAAAAACUACUGAUGCUGAACUACAGAGCAAGAUGCACUAAAACUAAUGAGACCAAUGAGGAAAGUCACAAUGAACAAGGCAAUGAUUCAUUUAGACAAGAAGCUAAUUCCCAUGAUUUUUUUUUUAAUAUGGGGUCAGUGUCUAAAACAAGUCAGUCUGAGCGAAUCCAUCCGAUGGAUGUUCAGAUGGCCGUGUUUCAUUGUGCUGAUGGUUUCCUGAAGCAGCUGAUGGUCACUAAACUGUCCCAGUGUCAGUACGCUCUGCCUCUGCUUGUUCCUGAUGCAGACACACAACAGAUUGAGUUUCCUCUCUGGACAUUCAGACAAAUCAACAAGAGCUGGAAGAUGAGAAACACCAACAAUGAGAUCAUCAGUCAAACCCAUCCGGUCUACAAGGCACAAACUCCAAUGGUGUCUUUCUUCAGGUUUGGCUCUGUGUCUUCAUCUUCAUCCAAGUCUCAGCUGAUGAACAGUCUGAUCAAUGAGAAACACAACACGUUCUUCCACAGGAACUGUCCAGGCAGCAGCAGAACCAGAGUCCUGAUGGAUGGAGUGGUGGAGAUCGCCUGGUUCUGCCCCUCUGGGAAAAACACGGAUAAAUUCACUGACUGUGUUGCGUUCUGUAAUCUACACGGUGAUGCUGGAGUUAAUGAGAAACAGCUGCAGAUCCUCACUGAAAUGGCCUCAGUCAAUGUUGUCGUUCUACCACGACUUCAGAAGAAUGACAAAAACAUGAUAAAACUUAAACAACUGUACAAGGACUCAAAGCCACUCAUUUGUCUUUUUACUGAUGAUGAUGAUCCAGCUGUAGCUGUGAUGAAGAAAAAAUAUAGGAUUGGUCUGAAGGACAGAAAUCAGGCAGAAGUAUCUGAAGAACUCAGAAGAGCCAUAAAUAAGUGUCUCUCAGAAUCAUCUUCCACUUUCAGACUUGAAGAUUUGUCCAAACACUCAGACAUUAGAGUAGAUGAGGAAGAUGAUGAAGACUGCAGGAGAGGAAGAGAAGCAGCACAGCAGAUGAUGAGUUUACUGGAGAAGAAAUAUCUGACAAAAAUCAAAGACUCAUUUCUGCCUCAUCAGGGGAAACUGUGGCAUCAGUGGAGUCAGAAGAACAAAGAACUUCAUCGACCUCAAGGAGAGGAGACAGAAAUGGACAUCAGUAGAAAACAAACAGAAAUGAAGAAAAUACGUGAACAGCAGCAUGAAACUGAUAUCAGUGAGUUUAUGAAGUUCUUCAUUAAAGAAAUGAAUGCCGAUACUAGAUAUAAGAUGUAUUUUAUCAAAUGGCUUGGAAUAAUCCUGGAUGAACGCAUCUCACCUGACCUUUCUGUUCUUCAUCACAAAUAUGAUGAAACAUGGUCAGCAGUCUUAAAACUGAAAGAGAAACAUGAACCCGAAAAACUGACAGUGAAACAAGCGGAACUUGAGAGAAUAUCUGAGGAACUUCGAGCUUCAACCAUUGGUUUGGAGCACAUCAUAAGGGAGAUCGGUCAGAUCUAUGAAUCAUGUUCAUCUGUGAAGAACAAGAAAGAUCUGCAGUUUCACUUCUCUUCUCUCCCGAGUCUCGCAGCAGAGAUGAUGAUCUCUGGAUUUCCAUUGGAGCUGAUGGAUGGAGAUGCUGCUCAUGUUCCUGUGAUCUGGAUCUCUGCUGUUCUAGAUAAACUCAUCCAGAAACUGGGAGACCAGAGAGUCUUUGUGCUGUCAGUUUUAGGGCUUCAGAGCUCUGGGAAAUCCACCAUGCUGAACGCCAUGUUUGGACUGGAGUUUGCCGUCAGUGCUGGCAGGUGCACCAGAGGAGCUUUCAUGCAGCUGGUCAAAGUCUCAGACGAGAUGAAAACACAGAUGAACUUUGACUAUAUUCUUGUUGUUGAUACUGAGGGUCUUCGUGCUCUAGAACUGACUGGAAGAUCAACAAGACAUCAUGACAAUGAAUUGGCCACAUUUGUUGUUGGUCUUGGAAAUCUGACAUUAAUCAACAUCUUUGGAGAAAACCCAUCUGAGAUGCAGGACAUUCUUCAGAUUGUUGUUCAGGCCUUCAUGAGGAUGAAGAAGGUCAAACUGAAUCCCAGCUGUGUGUUUGUGCAUCAGAACGUUUCAGACAUCAUGGCUGGGGAGAAAAUCAUGGAGGGAAGGAGACGACUGUUGCAGACACUGGAUGAGAUGACAAAACUUGCUGCUGAAGAGGAAGUCUGUAAUGCAGAAAGUUUCAGUGAUGUCAUUAAAUUUGAUGUUCAGAAUGAUGUGAAGUAUUUCGCUCAGCUCUGGGAGGGCAGCCCACCCAUGGCACCACCAAACCCAAACUACUGUGAGAAUAUUCAAGAACUAAAGAAAACUAUUAUAUCUCAUGCCUCAAAGUCACAUGGAAUGAUGCUGAUAGACCUAAAAGAACGUAUUAAAGAUCUCUGGGAGGCUUUACUGAAUGAAAGUUUUGUGUUCAGCUUCAGAAACUGUUUGGAGAUUUUAGCCUACAGGAAACUGGAGACAGAAUACAGCAAGUGGUCCUGGAGUCUUCGCAGUGCCAUGAUGGAAACUGAGAACAAACUACACAACAAAAUAGAAAAUGAAGCAAUUCAUGAGGUUGAGGAAACUGAUCUUCAAAAAGAACUGAAGAAGACAAGUGAAGAAGUGGAGAAAUCAAUGUCAGAAUUCUUUGAGAAAGACAAAGAUAAAGAUAUACUGAUUCAGUGGAAAACAUCAUUUGAAAUCAAAAUCAAAGAUAUUCAGGAAAACAUUGUGAGAGAAACAAAGAAGAAAUUAAAUGAGAUUCUUCAGCAGCGAGACCUGAAGAAAAAGAUUGAUGCUCUGAAGAUACAUCAUGAAAACACUCUCUACAAAAAGAGCAAAGAACUUGCCAUAAAACUCAAAUACAAAGCAAAUGAUGAAGAAACACUGAAGAAAGAGUUUGAUUCCUUUUGGAAAAAAUAUGUAAAAAACAUCACAGACAAUAAAACUUUGAAUGAAGACAUAGACAUAUUGAGAGAUGUAAGAACACUCCACAAUGACAUCCAUCGGGCAAUUCUGCAUGUAGACAUCUUGAGAGAGGAAAGUGAGCCCAACAUUUUUACCGAACAUAGUUAUUCCAAAUAUGUUAUUAAAAAGUUCACAAAAAAAGGGCUUAAAGAGAAUGUAAAGGACAGUUGCAGAACAUUUGCAGAAAAAUUGGGAAUGGUCCAAACUCUGUCUCGAGAGGAUGAAACCCAAAUAAGAUCAUUAGUCACAGAUGUUGCUCAGCAGACAGACAGAAUGAUUCAGUCAUUCAACAUUUCAAAGAUGGGCUACAACAUCAGCUGCAUUAAACAAAUCACAGAUUACAUCAAGAUGAGAGUAACAGAACAUCAGAAAGGAAUGAAAUAUAAGUUCAAGAAUGAAUUCUUUGUGUAUUUAGUUUUUUCCAUUUGUAAGAGAGCAAACAAGAUGAUAACUGACCAACACAGACUGUUUAAAGAAGCCAAUGAUCCAGAAAUAUAUGUUGAGAAGAAGAGAGAAGAGUACUAUAGUAUUUUCCAGAAAUACUGUCAUGGAGCAACAUCAGCUGCCAUAUUUGGAGAGAUCAUCUGUCAGAAACUGAAAGAGCCCAUUGAGCAGAGUGUCUACAAGAAGACUGCCAGAGAAUUAGCAGAUGAAAUGAGAUCAAACUGUGAAUCACUGAAUGGAAACAGAUCAAAUCUGGAGAAACACAUCCUGAAGACACUGGCAGAUAAAGAGAAUUUUGACAAAUACAUGGACUACAUAGAUAAUCCAAAAGAUCACUUCAAGAGGUUCAUCAGAGAUGAAGUCAGUCAGUACAUCACUGAUAAGUUCAGUGUCAGUGUUUUACCCAAGAUGGAGGAGAACAUUGAACUCCUGCAGCAGAAGAUCAUAAAAGCAGCACAUGAAUCUACUGAACAUGUUCAAGAGAACAGAGGAGAUGUUGGAUUAUGGUUGAAGAGUUUCACACAGCAGCUCUCAGAUGUGCUGAUCUUCUCUGCAAAAGACCUCAGUGGAGUCAAACAUGAAGAUGUUGAUGAUUUCAGCCUACUAGAAGAUGUGAUAAAGAAAGAACUUCCUGAUAUAUUGUCAGACAUCAGCAGUACAUUCAACACGGAGACAUUUCCAGUAAAGCUGGACUAUAAUUUCAGGCCAGAUGAGCUUCUGAUUGAUCACCUCCAUCAGUGCUGUUGGGUUCAGUGUCCGUUCUGUGGAGCCGUCUGCACCAAUACCAUAAAAAAACAUGAUGGAGAUCACAGUGUUCCUUUUCAUCGUAUUACUGGAAUAAAAGGGUUGAUGUACAGAAAUACAACAAACUUGUCUAUUAGCAUCUGCACAUCAGCAGUAGCAAGUGAUCGAUCUUUUUAUGAUAAUUUGUUAGAUAAUUCAGUACCCUGGAGAGAUUACAGAAGAGCAGGAGGAGUUUAUGCAGACUGGAGCAUCACCCCUGAUCUCUCUGAACUGCCCUACUGGAAGUGGUUUGUGUGCAGAUUCCAGAAAGAUCUGGAAAGCUGCUACAUUAGAACAUUUCAGGAGGGUGUGAUACCAGAUGAAUGGAGAAAAUACUCUAAACAGGAAGCUAUUAACAGUUUGGAUACAUACAGUAAUUGAAAAAAAAAAAUGAAUACAGACAUUUUUUUUUUUUUUUUUUUUGUCUACAUGUUAGGAGCACAUAAUACAAAUUAUCUGGUCAUUAGCAGGUCUUAAAAUUAGUUAAAUCCAACUCAGAUAGAAGAAAAUAGACUAACGAAUAGCCUAUUGAAAUGAACAAAAAGUUGACUUUUGCUCCUAGGAAUAGACAUAAUUUUAGUCUGAGAAAGUUUCUCCAUGCAGAUGUGGAUUUUGUGAAACGUGAUUUCUCAAUGUCUGGUGAUCGUGUGGGGAGAUAUAUAUUUGACAAGGUGAUGCGGACUGUGAAAAUAUAUGCUGUGGAUCUUGGAGAAGAUUUCACAUCAUGGGACCUGUGUCUUAUUUUCCCUGCCAAAGACUGAUUUACAUUUUUCAAUUAUAUCUGGAGAUAUUUGCAUGACUGAGGCUAUGAUUCUUCGUACAUCGCAGAGUGGGACGGUGUGAUUCCUGAAACAAGGUUUCUCGUGGUUGGGGAUCAUCGUAAAAUGUUGUAACAUGUUAGCUGUUACUCUUGUAUUUUUUUAUACUCGCCACUAGGGGGGGCUUGAGUGUCAAAUCCUCUGGUAUUUAAAUCAGGCAGC